CUCCUUUCCUCGGCCUGCGUUUCGAUUCCGAUCGGACACCGCUCCUCCACCGUGCUGCGGCUGUCCGACCGGCGCCCCAGUGCAGCCUCACGCCAGAAAGGGGAAUUCGAUCACUUGUCGUAUAGACGCCUCCGGCCUCACGUGAGAAAGGGGGAACGUUGUCCCCACCCGCGGCGUCACUUCUCCGACGCAGCAUAGACGAGAUUGACCCUGGCCGAUCACCGCCGCCCGCCGCAGCCUUUCACACUGCCUACGGACUCGGUCUCCGGCGCAUCCCAGGUCAGUGACAAUCUCUUUCCUCGAUCUCUCCUGGUUCGGCACAAGGAUCUAAGCAAGCGCCUGCGGUCUCCUCCCUGCUGAUCACCGACGCUUCUGCUCACCACGGUCGGCACACUGCCGCCUGGAUCUACUUCCGGGAUCUUCCCUGUUUUGUACAAGGAUAGCGCCUGCGGUCUCCUCCCCUCUCGGGUUGAGCAGAAGCCACAUCGAUCUACGGCCUCCUCUUGUCUUGGGCUGAUCAAAGGUCGAAGCAUCACCGUAGGCCUCCUCUCCAUUCGGGUUGAGCAGAAGCCCAGCAAGCAGCGUUUCUCCUGCGAACCGCUUCCAGCCGUUGAUGAGCAGGUAGAGAUUAGGUGGUAUAAGGUUAUGUGAUGGCUAAGAGUAGGGACAGAACCGAAGAUUUUAGGGAAGCUACCCGUGCGACAGCUCUCUCUUUUGGCUACGACGAGGCCAAAUUGGCUGCGCUCUUGGCAUCCUUCAUUUUGCGCAAACCCUUGGAGAAACCUCCAUUUGAAAAAGCUGCAAUUAAGACGCUUGAAAGUAUUUCAGAAUUGGAACACUUCAUCACUAAGCAUCGGAAAGAUUAUGUGGAUCUGCAUCGAAUCACUGAACAGGAGAGGGACAACAUUGAACAUGAAGUAGGUGUUUUCAUAAAAGUUUGCAAGGACCAGAUUGAUAUCCUUCAGAACAUGAUAUACAAUGAAGAAAAGAAUGGAAGUUCAAAAUCAUGGCUUAACCUGAGGGAUGAUAAACCCAAUGCAGAUGUGGUUGCCCACAAGCAUGGCGUGGUUUUAAUUCUCAGUGAGCGGCUCCAUUCAGUCAGUGCUCAGUUUGACCGGCUCAGAUCUGUACGCUUCCAGGAUGCUAUAAACAGAGCCAUGCCAAGAAGGAAGGUUAAUAGAGUUCUCCACUCAGCACCUUCUGAGCAACCUUCUGGCUUUGACCUGCCGAAUCUUGGAGGACAAGAGCUAACCACAACGCCUUUGAGAGUCCAAGAUCAAAUUCUAGAUGAUGAGACACGAGCUCUUCAAGUGGAACUGAGCAACCUCCUUGAUGCUGUUCAAGAAACAGAAACUAAGAUGGUAGAGAUGUCAGCACUGAAUCACCUCAUGUCAACUCAUGUUCUACAGCAGGCACAGCAGAUUGAACAUUUAUACGAUCAGGCAGUUGAAGCUACUAAGAACGUGGAGCUGGGUAACAAAGAGCUGUCUCAGGCCAUCAAACGCAAUAGCAGCAGCAGAACUUUUCUCCUCCUCUUCUUGUUUGUCCUCACUUUCUCCAUCCUCUUUCUUGACUGGUACAACUGAGUUUUAAAGUUUAAUUUUUCCCCCCUUAUACAAACUUCCCAAACAUGUUAAAGUGGGAUAUGCUGGUUUAGAUCAAACUGAAAUCGUAAUUAUCUUGGUUAAACGUUCAUUUUAGUCGCACUGGGGCAUACUGUAUUUUCGACAAAAUCUAGAGUGUCAAAGUAGAAAUACUCGUGAAAGUUGAUAUAUUGUGAAGGA